UUUGCUCCCCCUACGCCUCCCCCCCCCUCCCAUGCCCGCUUUCUUCUGGACUCAGUGCAGCACCCCUGGUCCCCCUACCCCCCCCCAGCUCGCCUCCCGCGCACGCAGCAACCUCAAGGUAAAAUGGGCCCCUCCUCCUGAAACGGGGGGCAAGCCCGUGACCCACUACCAGCUGCGGAUGCGCCCCCCCCCGGCACGAGAGGAGAGCUGGUCCGCGGACCCUGACGGCUUUGUGGAGAUCUACCAGGGGUCGGACACGUCAUUCAAAGUGGCACGCCUAGUUCCUGGGCGGGACUAUGCUUUUCGGGUGCGGGGGUUCAACUCCAUUGGGGCGGGGGCGUUCAGCCCGGAGGCGAUCUUCUCAACGCAGCCGUCGGUGCCCGCACAACCGGAGGCCCCGCAAAUGGUCGCGCAGACGGCUACGAGCGUCACGCUCAGAUGGGAGGCGCCGCACUCGGGGGGAGCGGAGAUCACGGAGUACGUGCUGGAAAUUGACGAUGGGGAGGGGGGGGCGUUUGCCAUGGUAUAUACAGGCCCCGAGAUGAUAUGCGAGAUCCAGCAGCUGCGCGCCGGAUUCACGUACCGCUGCCGCGUGCUUGCGGUCAACGAGGUUGGCCGCAGCACCUUCAGCAUCCCGGCCGAUGUCCGGACAGGGCGCGCCGAGCCGUUCAAACCGACCCCUCCAGUGAUCUCUUGCCGAGGCCCCACGUCGUUGACGCUCGCUUGGGACCCCCCUGAAGACGACGGCGGCGCAGAGGUGGAAGAGUACCGAGUUGAGAUUUGGCACCCCCGUGGGGGGGGUUGGCGGGUCGCCUACGUUGGGCCCGCGCGCGCGUGCAGUGUAACUAAUCUCCAGCCAGGGCAGAGCUACCGGGUUAGGGUGCAGGCCGCUAACCAGGUCGGGUUAAGCGAGUGGUCCGGCGAGCUGCGGGCGAUGACAUCAGCCUCGGCGCCCGACAGCUUGGAACCCCCCGUUUUGGGGGACAGUCACCAGACUGCGGUUCUGGUGCAGUGGGCACCCCCCCGCCACGACGGGGGCUCGGCGGUGGCGGGGUAUCGAUUGGAGAUGGGGGAGGGGGGUGGAAGGUCCGAAAGUUUUGGAAGGGGGCGGACGGUAUAUUCGGGUUUGGAUACCGCGGUGUGGGUUAAGGAGCUGCAGCCAGGAUGCGCGUACUCGUUUAGGAUACAGACGUGGAACAAGCUCGGCAGCAGUCCGUGGACCCCCCCCGUCGUCUUCCACACGCUUCCCGGCAAUCCCUCCAGCCCCGGUCCUCCGACGCUCGCCCCGAGCGCUGCCAUCACGAUGACGUCAACCCAGCUCCCGCUCGUCUGGGAACCGCCCGCUGCGAACGGAGCGCCCGUCCUGUCGUACUGCCUCCAGAUGUGCAUGCCCGUGCUUUCUGGCCAUGACACGUGGAGAGGCGAGCGCGCUCCCCGCCCCGCCCUUGCCGACAGCAGCAGCUCCACCGACCUCGCCGAAACCGCCCGCUCUAGUUCGGACGCGUUCAAACCGCCCGGGUCCAAAACCGCGCCGCCGAGCGAGACCGCAAGCGUCGGCACCGGGAGCGUCGACGAGGACACCGCGUUCGAUCCCGGGAGUUUCAGCGAGGGGGGGGACGGGGACGGGCUUCUGGGAUCCCCCGGAGAGGAUGGGAUCUCGAGGAAGGGGCUGGCGGGGCGCGCGAGCGAGUGGGGCGCCAGGGAGGAGCUGCGGUUCGAGGAUGUGGAAGUGUGCGCGGGCGCGGCGGCGACGGUCGGCGGGCUGAUGCCGCACACGCUGUAUGCGUUCCGAGUGCGGGCGACCAACACGGUGGGCAGCAGCGAAUUCAGCCCCGUCUCAUACCUCUUGACCGCGUCCGCGGAGCCAGAGGCGCCACCCCCGCCGACGGUCGUCGAAACGGGGCCCGACCACGUGCACCUUAGAUGGGAGAAACCUGCUCGCGACAACGGCGAGUCGGUCGAGUCGUAUUCCCUGGAAAUCGAGCGCCGCAGCAGCAAUCGCACCGCCAGCAGCAGCGCAUCCCCCGUCGGGGUGAGGCCGUCCAAGCAGCGGGGCGCGCGCAUGGUCGGCAUCGGGGGCUCGACCGCCGCGGCCGUCGCGGCCGCGAGCAAGGGCGAGGAGCUGUGGGAGGAGGUAUACAGCGGCAACGUGCGCGAGUGCCUGGUGGACACUUUGGAUCCCGGGCGCCCCUACCGGUUUCGAGUGCGUGCCUGGAACGCGGUCGGGGGAUCCCCCCCGAGCGCAAGCGUGCAGGUGCGGACCGACCCAGCAGCCCCGGGGGCCCCGCCCCCCCCAUCCUUCUCUGCUGUCACGCCGACCACCGUCAGGGUGCGGUGGACCCCCCCGGAAGAGGACAACGGGGCGCCAGUCAGGAGUUACAAGCUGGGAGCGGACGACGGUCUUGGCGGCGCGUUCCGGCAGGUCUACGAAGGCUCCGCGCUCAAGCACACGGCCGCUAGGCUCGUCCCCGGCCGGACCUACCUUUUCCGAGUACAGGCAAUCAGCGAGUUAGGCGCCAGCGCGCCGAGCGCCCCCGCUUCCGUCAGCCUGCCACGUGCCCCCCCACGUGCCCCCCUGGCCCCCGUCGCAAAGAGCGCAAACACGUCGGCGCUCGUUUUGGUGUGGGAGGCCCCCGAGUCGGAGGAAGAGGAGGAGCGCUUCUCGUCUAGAACCGGGUUCACGCUGCAGCUGGAGGAGCGGGGAACGUUCAAGACGAUCUACGAGGGCGAGGAGCCGAGUUUCGAGGCGAAGAACCUGGCGCCCGGAACAGUGUACCGGUUCCGCGUCCGGUCCAACGGGCCGCCGGACAUGGACCCCGGUCCAUGGAGUCCGACCGCCGCCCUCGCGACGGACGCACUCCUCGACGUGGCCGCGCCGAGAGCCCACAAGAGCCCUUCUCGACUCCAGAAUCAGCUUAGAACACGCCUCCACGUGUUGCACCAGGAGGCUGACAGGUGGCAGGGCCUGCCGAUGCGCCGGGCCGUGGCCUCGCUGUGCGUGGCGCUUGUGUUGAUCGCCGCGUUCCUGCAGUGGGGCUGACGAGGAGAGAACCGGUGGAAAGGAGAACGAGACCUUGGAAAAAGGUCAUCUGUGUUGCUUGCAUUACGAGCGGUGGAUGCCUGUACGUGAAUUACGAAUGCGGCUGUGGUGUGCGCACUGGCUCAGACGUUUGUGGGAGGAAAUGUGCGGUCUAUUUCGGUCAGUACGGACAAGAAGUGGCCGUUUUCUGCUCAAUUUCUUGUUCAAUUGGGACAAAAGUGGUCGGGGCCAGGUACUAGCUCACUCCACAUGGAAAGAAAGUGGCCCUCCAUAGCAAAAGCAGUCGGACCCGUACAAAAACUCGAUGUGCUAUGCUCACGUGCUCGGUAGUUACAUGGACGUUAGUGUCCUGAUCUCGUUUUGAAUCUAGUGCACAGAAGGGGCCUGUAAACAUGAAUCUGGAUGCUUAGUGCGCAUGCAUGGGUAGUACCAAAGUAGGGUUGUCCGAAAUAAAAAUCUGCCUGGAGUACUGCAUGGCAGUACGAGGGCCACAAAUGUUUGUGUCGAGUACAGCAGGAUUUGAACGACGUUAAGUUUAGUGUAGUGAACUUGUCACCAUCUUUACGUCGUCAGAACAAAACAAAUUGCUGCUAGAGCAACUACCGUCUAUGUCGAGGUUGGUAGUGUGCAUUAAACAGCUGAAAUUAAUGGAAGGAUUUUGAGGGGCCACGUUUCAAAGGAUUGAAGCUAGGAAAACAGGC